AUGUAUGUUAUCCCAACAAGUGAAGGACAUCAGGGAGAGCCAGCGGGCUCUACCCAAUUUUGUUACAAGCUGAUCAUUAGCAUUGGCUUGGUCCUCGCUGGAGGAGUAUUCGCUGGUUUGACACUAGGCCUCAUGGGUCUCGAUGAGCUCCACCUCCGUGUCCUUGCUGCAUCUUCCGAUGAUCCUCGGGAGAGAAAGAAUGCCCAGAAAGUUUUACGCCUCCUGACCGGUCGACGUCAUUGGGUACUUGUAGUUCUCCUUUUGGGUAAUGUGAUUGUGAACGAGAGUCUUCCCAUCUUCCUUGAUAGUGCGCUUGGCGGCGGUAUAGCUGCCGUUGUGAUAUCCACUACGAUGAUUGUGAUUUUUGGGUGCGUGAUCAUACCACAAGCUGCCAGCGUUAGAUAUGGGCUCUCUAUAGGAGCGUCAUGCGCUCCCAUUGUCUUGGGGAUGAUGUACCUUUUCGCCCCUAUUGCAUUCCCUAUUGCAAAACUACUCGACUGGGUUCUCGGCCACAAUGACUCUCAUACAUACAAAAAAGCCGAACUGAAAUCCUUCCUGGCAUUUCACAGACAGGGUGAAGAGCCUUUGCGUGACGACGAGAUUAGUAUAUUGAACGGUGUCCUGGAACUGAACAACAAGCAUGUGGAAGAGAUCAUGACCUCUAUGGAGGACGUUGUCACGCUCAGCUCCGAUCGUAUUCUUGAUCAUGAAACCGUCGACUUUAUAUUGCGCAGCGGCUAUUCUCGUAUUCCCGUGCACAAACCUGGCAGGCCACUUGCAUUUGAGGGGCUGCUCCUGCUCAAGAAGCUAUCCAUAUACGACCCAUCUCAGGAAUGGCCCGUUUCAAAAUUUCAGCUUUCCAUUCUUCCGGAAGCAAACCCCUCCAUCAAUUGUUUCCAGGCGCUGGAUUACUUCCAGACCGGACGUGCACAUCUCCUGUUGUUGAGCAAGACGCCAGGGGAGGAAGGUGGCGCCAUCGGUGUAGUCACACUUGAAGGUGAGCACGAAGAAAUCAUCUCCGAAGAGAUUGUCGAUGAGACCGACCGCUACGAAGACAAUCACAGCAAACGUCACGCGAGGCGUGCAAAAAACGCGGCAGUUAUGCGAGGGUGCGUUUAUGCGUCAUAG